AUGGGAAUCUGAUCUGCUGAAAAUAUUUGGGCUGUGAAAACUCCCACACUGUGACAGAUGUCAAGUCCAAUUAAGUGACUCAUGUCCAGGUUUCUGUCCAAUAGGAUUUCCCAUUAAAUAUCAAUUUAGGGAAAAAAUUCCAUCCUCCUUCUUAAGCCUUUAUCUCUUACACCAUCUCUAGGCUGAAUCAAUUGGUACCAGGAGAGCCAAGAAGCCACACACGGAUCUCUGCUGUUUUUUUUUUUUCCUCUGCUCUACCACCUCUCUCCAGUCUUUCUCCUCUUCACUGUCACUGUGACUAGCGGGAGACUUUCACUUUUCAUCAUCCCAGCAUCUUCAAGCCACUGACUAUAUUUUUAUUACAAGAGACCUGAAAGCUGAGAAGGAGAAAAGGCACAAGACUUUUCAACAAAUCAUGCGAAAAUCGAAAAUCAGCCAACGAAUUAUUUUCUAUAUAUAUUUUUAAAAGAGAGAAAAUGUAUUUUUAAUAUAUUCUCCAAGAGAACAUUCAUUCCCAUUCCAAACCGUGAGGAAUUCUCUUCCAUCACCGUGGCCAACAGAGAGAUAACAGUUUCGUUUUAAUUUUUGAAUAUAAUCAUAAUUUGUUGCUUUUAAUCCCCUCCCCCCCUUCCGAGUUGGAGAUUCUACCCCCCACGCCUUUCCUCUUCCCUGGAAUUUUCAUUCUAAAAGAUCUGAGACAAGAUCUUUGAGAAGGUUUUUUUCCAAGCCUCCAAAAUGAUGCUCAGUCCAGACCAAGCUGCUGACUCGGACCACCCCAGCUCUGCACCCUCGGACCCCGAGUCCCUGGGCGGCCCGGACGCUAAGGUGCUGGGCAGCGUGUCGGACCUGGAGCCAGUAGAGGAGAGCGAGGCUGAUGGCAAGGGCGGCAGCCGAGCUGCGCUCUACCCGCACCCGCAGCAGCUGAGCCGCGAGGAGAAGCGCCGCCGCCGGCGGGCCACCGCCAAGUACCGCUCGGCCCACGCCACCCGGGAGCGUAUCCGAGUGGAGGCCUUCAACCUGGCCUUCGCUGAGCUCAGGAAACUGCUGCCCACCCUGCCUCCGGACAAAAAGCUCUCCAAGAUCGAGAUCCUGCGCCUGGCCAUCUGCUACAUCUCUUAUCUUAACCACGUCUUAGAUGUGUAGGGACUGGAGGCCGGGGGCAGCCGGCAUGUCUGUCCCUGAGGUCCGGACAGACCGAGGCGGCCGGGGCCGGGACAGUGGUAUUGGGGUUGCAGGAGGAGGACGCAAGGUUGCUGCUGCCGCUGCCCAGAAAUGACUUUGACAAGGGGAGAAGCUGCCUAGGGAGAAGGGAAAGGUGGGGCCAUCCCUUCUGACCUUGAUGGGGUGGGAGGGAAAAGGGGAGCAUUGCGAUUGCGGGGAUGCAAAAGGUUUUUUGUUGUUGUUGUUGUUGUUGUUUUUUCCAGUCCAGGAGUACCUCAUAAACCCCAGCUGAGAUAGCUACUUCCAGGCCCCCUCUCUUCUGAUUAUCUAUUACUUUCCCUUUGCAUGGGUCAGCUUGAGCUAACUCGAGGGUUUGCAUUCUUUCACCCUGAUGGGCCACCCCAUCUUUCCUUUUCUCUUUUCAAGGAUGAAGGCAAAAGGGUGUCUUAGGCUACUGGGAUUUUUUCUCACUGAAAAAAGAUUACCCAACAUUUAGGAAAAAAGAAAAAUCUCUGCCACUGUGGAGAUUAAAAACCCAGUAGGGUGGAGAGGAAACCUUUCCUCCUUGUAGUGACAAGAGGACAAUAAUGUAGAAGACUGGCAAACAAAAACAAACAAAACAAAACAAAAAGUUGGAUAUUUUGCAAGGUUAAAAAGAGAACCAGGAGGAAAUGAACACAUUGUGAGAAUAUUUGAACUUGGUAAGCUCUUAGCUGCAAGAUACAAAUAUAGAAAGAGAAAAAUCCAUAUUUAAGUGGAUAAUUUAAUAUCAAAUUGCUUUUUCAGGCUAAGUGCCCCUUUACAUAUCCAAAAACAUCUACUUAUGACCUUAAACAUGUGACCCAUGGGUGCAGUUAGAAAAAAAGAACUAUUUUUUAUUUAUGUUAUAAGGAGUAGACUAUUUUUUUCAAGACAUUUAUUUUUCAGAGUGGUGAUAAUUUUACUUUGGAUACUUUGUGCCAAUUUAUUUCUAUAGUCGAGUGUUUACACUUUUUCCUGUGGAAUAAUUCUGUCUAACUUUUUACGUGUUUGUUGGGGUUAUCCAGUGGUCUUCUUUUUGCGCCAAUUAUAUUGCACUUGUAUGACAAACGCUCCUCCCUGUUUCUAAACAUAUUUUAUAUAUUCAAAUGUUUGUUCUUGAAAGUUUUCUUUUGUGUGUGUGUGAGAUCAACAACACUAGCACUUCACUAUUAUAGUUUUUUAAAAAGAAUUACUCGUUGUUAUUCUUCUCUGUAGUUAUGUCAGAAAAAGUACUUUGCAAACAGUUUAUAUAAGGAGAGUAGCUUCUUUGUGUGUGUGAUGUAUGUAUGUGGGAUGUUUUUAGGAAAUGGAGUUAUUUUCCUAAAAAAAAAAUCCAGAACUACUUUCCUCUGUGACAACCAAAAAAAAAAAUCUAUAACCUGAAUAUGUUUCAUGUUCUCUGCUGUGAAUCUCUUAAAACAAGGAGCGCGUUUUAGAGACAAGAAAAAAAAACACAUCUGCUAUCCAAAGAUUUUAGUCUUUUUCAGGGUUUUUUUGUGUCUCUGUUGCUUUAUAUAAUGCAAUAUUUUGUAGUGAAAAUAGAUAUAAUCUGGUUUCUAUCUGACGAGUUUUUCAUAUCUCAUGAAUGGUGCGCUGUUUUGCAUAUAAAUAAAGGUAUCAAAUACAA